GGGCGGUACUGUUACUGACUUCUGUAAAUAGGAACUAGUGCCGCGCUGCUGUCUGUACGAAGGUAUCUGCGGACUUGUAUUGUAAUGAAACUAUGAAGUGCUCUCUCGCUUUAAUCCCCUUAACGCUGGCUGCGUGGUGUUAUGCAGACUUUGCGCCACCGAUCGUCAAUAUCAGUUUGGACGAGCCACCGAAAGAAAGAUGGGCACCGUUGAUGAAAGUGAUUGACGUGAGCUACUUCAGAAAUAUUCUGCCUCAGAUCAUUGCCCAAGUUGGUAACCCAAAAUGGGUACAUCAAGCCAUCAAACCUGUGGUAGAAACCUUGGAAGAUUACAUACCACAGCACUAUGCAGGAGAAAUCCAGGGACUGGCCUCCCUAUCUGGAAUUGACAUCACUGACAUCAUCCUCGCGAACUUUGUCUAUGAAAUCACAGCGUUUUGCACGAGUAUUGUCGCACAGGACACAAAUGGCCGUAUCUACCAUGGGAGGAACAUGGACUUCGCAUUUGUGGAGAUUUUGAGAAAUCUCACAGUUGAUAUUAUAUUUAUCAGAGAUGGAAAGGUGGCCUAUAGAGGGACCUCCUUUGCCGGCUAUGUUGGCCUGUGGACAGGACAAAGUGCAAAUAAAUUCACCAUCUCUGGAAAUCAACGCGAUGAUGGGUUUUCGUUGGAGAAUGUCACCUUAGCCAUCAUACUGAAAAACACACCAGCCAGCUGGCUCAUCAGAGAGACCCUGGAAGAGGCAGCAAGCUACCAGGAUGCCUUGGAGCGCUUGUCCAAGGUGCCCAUCAUCACCCCUGUCUACUACAUCGUAGGCGGUGUGCAGCCAGGGGAGGGCGCAGUGGUGACCAGGAAUAGCUCAGGAGCAGCAGACGUGUGGGAGCUUGAUCCUCCCCAUGGACAGUGGUUCAGGGUAGAGACCAACUAUGAUCACUGGAAUCCUCCACCACAUGGAGACGACCGUAGAACACCAACCAUCAAGGCAUUAAAUGAUACUGGUCAAAAGAACAUUAAUUUGGAUUCACUUUUUAAGGUUUUGUCAGCAAAUGCAACAUGCAAUAGGGGAACGAUUUACACAACAGUGAUGAGCGCUGGCACUCCAGAGAAAUAUCGUACCGUAAUGAGAGAGAAAUGCAAUUGGAUUGGAGUGCCCAGAAGCACAAAUACUCCGCAGACCGUCUCUGUUUCGAUAGGAAUUAUAUUUAUUUUUUGUGUUUGUUCAAUAGGUUUAUAUUUUACGGAGCUCCUAAGGCGACAAAGGAGGAGAAAAAAAAACGGCAGUUAUAACUCAAAACUGUUGUGACUUUGAACCGGAAAUAUGAGUAAUCAGUCAGUAAGGAACACAAUUGAUAGGAAAACAUGGAGCGUUUAAUCAAAUUUUACUUUGAUCUUGGUCUGCAAUAUAAGCACAUUUAGUUUGUUCUCGGAUCUAGGCAUGAUUAAGAGGAUUUUAUGUGAAAAGGGAUUAUUCCGACGGAAAAACUACUCCGAUUUGGGUGAUGUCAUUAACUUCAUUCUUGAGCAGCUUUUGCACUUUGGGCAGCUUCAUGGUUAUCGAUAGAUGUACGCAAAAUGCAGAAUAAAUGGACUAAAUGUGAGAAA